AUGACCCUCACGCCCAAGUCACUCGUUUCCGCCGCGCUCGGCGCCCACGCCCUGCUCGCCCUGCUGCCGCCCGCCCUCGCCGCCACCCCGCUGGAAUGGCGCUCGCGCUCCAUCUACCAGGUCAUCGUCGACCGCUUCGCCCGCACCGACGGCUCCACCACCGAGGCCUGCAAUGUCGACGACAAGAUCCAUUGCGGCGGCACCUGGAAGGGCCUGGAGAACAAGCUCGACUACAUCUCCGACAUGGGAUUCACCGCCAUCUGGAUCUCGCCCAUCACCAAGGGAAUCGAGGGCAAGUGGGACGCCGGCGAGAACUACCACGGCUACUGGCAGCAGGACCCGGGCGAGCUGAACAGCUACUUCGGCACCGAGGAUGACCUCAAGAGCCUGUCCAAGGCCGUUCACGACCGCGGCAUGUACCUCAUGAUUGACUACGUCGCCAACAACCUGGCAUGGCCCGGCCCCGGCAGCGACGUCGUCUACUCCAACUUCUCCGCCCCCUUCAACACCGAGUCGGCCUUCCACGACUUCUGCUACAUCACCGACUACAGCCAGGCCGAGAACUACCAGAACUGCUGGCUCGGAAACGACCAGCUGUCGCUGCCCGACAUCGACACGGAGAACCAGGACAUCAUCGACUACUUCGAGGACUGGGGAACGCGCGUCAUUGAGGACUAUCAAGUCGACGGCUUCCGUGUCGAUGCCGUCAAGCACGUGCCCAAGGCCUUCUGGAGCGACUUCGAGGCCACGGUCAACACGUACACCAUCGGCGAGGACUUCACCUCGCAGACCGAGUACAUCUGCAACUACAUGAUCAAUGCCGUGUCCGCCGUGCUCAACUACCCCAUGUGGUACUCCAUCAUGGACGUCUUCAGGAACAGCACCCGGCCCGUCCAGGCGCUGACGUACGCCAUCAACAACCUGGACACGACCUGCCACGACCCCACCGUCAUGGGCGUCUUCACCGAGAACCAGGAUGUCGCCCGGCUGGGUCACAUGACGGACGACCUCUCGCACCUCAAGAACGCCCUCGUCUUUUCGCUGCUCGGCGACGGCAUCCCCAUCAUGUACUACGGCGCCGAGCAGGCCUUCAGCGGCGGCGAGGAUCCCGGGAACCGUGAGGCGCUCUGGCUGUCGGGCUACAACACCAGCGCCCCGCUGUACCAGCUGGUCAAGAAGGUCAACUUUGCCCGCAACGCCAUGGUCGCCGGCGUCACCUACACGUACUGGAGCCCGUACUGGACCCACAAGACGCGCGCCCUCGUGGCCCACGACGACGUGCUGGCCCUCCGCAAGGGCUACGACAAGAGCGUCGUGGCCGUCAUGACCAACAAGGGCAGCGGCGCCGACGACAUCGGCCCCUUUGAGAUCGGCGACACCAACUUCCACGGCCAAGCCCAGAUUGUGGACGUCGUCACGUGCAAGACCAAGACCACCGGCAACGCCGGCGUUUUUUCCACCACCGUGACCGGCGGCGAGCCCCAGGUUUGGAUCCCGACGGCCUACUUCAACGGCACGCUGAAGGAACUCUGCCCCGACGUCACGAUUCAGGCCGACUCCAACGAGAACCCUCCGGCGACGGGCGGCUCCGGCUCCGAGGAUGACUCGUCGUCGUCGUCGUCGUCGUCGUCGUCAUCCUCGUCGCUUGCAUCGCCCGCCGCAGCCACGUCCAGCAGCCUUGCGCUACUCGGCGCGAUUUUCCUGGUAAUCUUAAUUCUGUAG